GCGCGUGCAGACGCGCCCAGGCGGCUCCCGGGGCAGCAGAGUCCUCGGGCUCCGCAGGUCGCCCUCCCCCGGGUGCUGCGGCGCGGGCUCCCGCCCCCUCCCCGCUCUCCACUCCCACCUCCGCCACACUCCUCCCCUCUCCUCCCUCCUCCCCGUCCGCCUCUCUCAGUCCGCUGCAUCUCCGUGCCUCCCAGGGUGUCUUUCUCUGCGAGUCUGUCUCCAUCUGUCUCUCUGCUCUUCUCUACCUGUCCGGGUGUCUCUGUCUCCCGAGCUCAGUCCGGACUCGGUGGAGCCCGCACCGCCCUCCCCGCCGCCCUGUGCUCUUUGACCCCGUCUGCGGCCAGAGGUGGCGGCGGCAGCGAGCGAGCUGCGAGCGAGCGGGACGAGAUGAGCGGCGCCUGCACGAGCUACGUGAGUGCCGAGCAGGAGCUGGUGCGCGGCUUCAGCUGCCCGCGGCCGGGGGGCGAGGCGGCCGCGGUCUUCUGCUGCGGCUUCCGAGACCACAAGUACUGCUGCGACGACCCGCACAGCUUCUUCCCCUACGAGCACAGCUACAUGUGGUGGCUCAGUAUCGGCGCUCUGGUCGGCCUAUCCAUAGCAGCAGUGGUCCUCCUGGCCUUCAUCAUCACUGCCUGUGUGCUUUGUUACUUGUUCAUCAACUCAAAGCCUCACACAAAAUUGGACCCAGGCUUAAGUUUACAGACUACAGACCCUGAGGAGGUGCCUUCUGACUAUCAAGGUGGAAACAUGGAAAAUUUGGUGCAGGUGCCAGGAGUGAGACUUCUUGGGCAGAGUCACCCCUUCCUGAACCCUCGAAUGGACUGCAAAGAGGAACAGGUUGUGGACGCCAAAUGCCUCUUCCAGAACUGCUUCAUGGCCACAGUGACCGCCAGUGACAUUCCAGGCAGCCCUGAGGAGACCCUUGUCCUCAAUUCAGAACCACAUGAAAUGACACCAUAAACAUUCAAUAAAUAUUUCUAUACCAUUC